AUGACGGAGAAUCAACGAUUAAAGUUAUCGAUUCUUCUUAAGCUUUACAAAGUUGUAGUUGGUGAAGUUAUCGAAGUUGACGAAGUUUCUGAAGUUGAUAAAGUUGCCGAAGUUGUCGAAGUUUCUGAAGUUGAUAAAGUUGCCAAAGUUACCGAAGUUGAUAAAGUUGCCGAAGUUGUUGAAAUUGCCGAAGUUGAUAAAGUUGCCGAAGUUGAUGGCGCAUUAAUAUUUAGACAUGUAACAUUCAUGCAAAUGAAUCCAUCAUUACAUUUACCAUCAGCGCAAACUAAAAAAUUGCAAUGA